AUGGAGCUCUUCAGUCGGUUAGUGGUGAAAGCUGUUUGGGGCUGGAGUCACGACUGGCAUCACGACGAAGACAACGACGACGACGUUCUACUGCUGCAGCAGGCCCCGGGGCGUUCACGACGGCUGACAAGGCAUGAGCGAGGGAUCUGGCGAAGAUGGGAGGGUAAGUGGGAGGAAGAAGAGGGGAGAGGCAUGGAAGAGCAAAUCGACAAAGGCAGCAGUGGUUCGCGCAAGCAGCGUAGAAGUCAGCACGGGAGUCACCAUCGGUGGCGACGCGGUGUAAGAAGCAAGAGCGAGCUUGCCCUGGAAGCGACCGGCAAACUUCCCGACGUGAAGUCAACUGCGGCAGGAGGCAUCGCCUCGCUAGCGGUUUACCUGACUUUCAAGUCCUACACUCGGCCCCUCGGUGUACUACGAGCAAGACGCGAGAUUGAUUUCCCGUCGCUCAUGAACUUGAUCCAUCCAGCCGAUCGUCUUAUCUUGCUGAUUGCUGGAGAAAUGGCACGUGCUUCUGAUUAUCAACGGUGGCCUUUCUGGAGUCUGAACUGGCAUUGUGAAGAAAGAAGCGUGGUUGCGCCGGGAAUUGAGGCCGACAUGGAACAGCAGCACUUCAAGGCAUGUGAGUCUGUCGCGAGACUCCUGCCAGCAAUCGAAAUUCGUUCUGAGAUCCAGUCGUUGAGGUUACUUGCCAGAUCUGCGUCCUGUUAUCGUCUGUCGAUUCGCUCUCACCAAGAUCAACUCACCGUCGAUACUUGGUGUCGUCGAAAGGCCGGCCCAGCAAUACCACUCAAACAAUCACGAUCCCACCGGUACUGCCAGACAUCGCAUCUCCCGAGGCAGAGCAUGAAUGACUGGCUGCUCCAUGGCGCUGCAGUCUUGUCACGUGUUAAACCAUCGCCAACCAGAGUGCGCUGUACAUGCGCGGAAGCUUUGUACGCCAGACGAUUUUGGGUCAACGAUUUCCGAGUCUCCAUAUCUUGUGAGGUAAAGAUUGAGACCAAUACCUUUAUAUACGUCGUCAUCAGUGCAGAACAUGCUCGUGUCUGA